AUGGCUAUCGCAACUGCGGUCGCCUCGCUACAGGGUAGGGUCAUCCAAUACCCAUGGCAUUCCCUCGGAGUCGCCGCUAUCCUGGUCCCCUUGCUCUAUGUCAUUCUCAACGAGUUCAUUCGGUCUUCGGCCCGAGUCAAGGGUCUGAAGGGCCCGACCGGCCUUCCACUGAUUGGAAAUUUGGCCCAAAUCCGGGUCAACGCGGCGGAGCAGUAUCGCGCGUGGUCGAAGAAGUUUGGUGCCGUGUAUCAGAUUCAGUUGGGGAAUAUCCCGGUCGUCGUGGUCAACUCGGCUGCGUCUGCCAAGGUGUUGUUUGGUCAGAAUGCGCAGGCUUUGAGCUCGAGACCCGAAUUUUAUACUUUCCACAAGAUUGUCUCCAAUACCGCUGGUACCACCAUCGGCACCUCUCCAUAUAGCGACUCGCUGAAGCGACGCCGAAAGGGUGCCGCCUCGGCUCUUAAUCGCCCUUCGGUCGAAAGUUACGUCUCUCAUCUGGACGUCGAGUCCAAGGCCUUUGUAGAAGAACUCUACCGCUACGGUAAUGGUGGCAAAACCCCCGUCGACCCAAUGCCAAUGAUUCAACGGCUGAGUCUGAGUCUGGCCUUGACGCUGAACUGGGGCGUGCGAGUCGCCUCCCAGGAAGAAAAUCUCUUCGAUGAAAUCACCGAGGUCGAAGAGGAAAUUAGCAAGUUCCGAAGCACCACCGGUAACUUGCAGGACUACAUUCCUCUAUUGCGGUUGAACCCGUUCAGUACCAAUUCGACCAAGGCUGCGGAGAUGCGGGCGCGCCGGGAUAAAUACCUAGGAGCUUUGAACAAGGAUUUGGAAGAUCGGAUGGAAAAGGGAAUUCAUAAGCCGUGUAUCCAGGCGAAUGUUAUUCUGGAUAAAGAGGCUAAGUUGAAUACGGAGGAGCUCACGUCUAUCAGCUUGACAAUGCUUUCUGGUGGUCUCGAUACUGUCACCACCCUGGUGGCUUGGAGUAUUGGCCUUCUUUCAACCCGUCCGGACGUGCAGGAGAAAGCUGCCAAGGCUAUUCAGGAGAUGUACGGAAAGAAUGAGCCAAUGUGUUCGGCCGAUGAUGAUCAGAAGUGUGCCUAUGUCGCUGCCCUGGUCAGGGAGUGUCUUCGUUACUUCACCGUGCUUCGCCUGGCUCUUCCUCGCACUUCUAUCCGGGAUAUUACCUACGAAGGCGUCGUCAUUCCAAAGGGAACAGUGUUUUUCCUGAAUGCCUGGGCAUGCAACAUGGACCCAGACGUAUGGACCGACCCCGAAGUCUUCCGACCAGAGCGCUGGUUCGAACAACCCGACGCACCACUCUUCACCUACGGUCUGGGAUACCGCAUGUGCGCCGGCUCGCUCCUGGCAAACCGUGAACUAUACCUGGUCUUCAUGCGCACGCUCAAUAGCUUCCGCAUCGAGCCGCAUGAUGAUACGGAUUGGCAUCCCGUGCGAGGUAACUCGGACCCGACGAGUUUGGUAGCCAUUCCGCAGAAGUACAAGGUGCGAUUUGUUCCUAAAGAUGCUGCUGCUUUGAAAAAGCUUGUCUCGCAGGCUUGA